CCGCAACAAAACGUCAUGCGUCAGUUAGACAACUAAAUGUCAAAAUAGUGACCUUCGAACAAUAAAGCUCAUAAUAUUUGGAAAUGAGAAUAUUGAAUAUUGUUAUAUUUAUUGUUAGAUAGGAGCUGUAAUAUAACUACUUUUCCAAUAAUAUAAUUCCAAAAGAUGGCCCAUCCAAACCACGUAACGCUUGAUAUAGAAGAUGAAGAACCUGCGGAGAUGGCGCCUCGUCACAACUACAGAGGAGCAGGAGAGCCAAGUCCUAGGCAACCACCUCAGUUCCGAGACAGACCCAUGGGCCUAGGAGAUCAGUUACAAAGUGUAAUCAGAGAAAUCAGACCAAUUGUGGAACAAGCACGUAUACAAACCAGAACCAAUCGACUGUCGCUGCCUAUUUGGAUGCCACGGGCCAUACCGGCACCGCCUUACACGGUAGACCCGACGCCGAGGCCACUAAGCUCAGUAGCACAUGUAAACUUGGGAGCUAAUGCACAAACUUAUGCCGUGAAUGACAGAGGUGUUCCUGUGACACAUCGGACACAGCAUGAUGUAUUAAUAAGUAAUAGUGAAUCCAGCUUGUCCGAGCCAGACCAAGAGCAAGAGAUUGUGUCGGUCAACCCAGCCAAUAACAACAAUAUUCAUGAAAAUGCUGACAAUGACAGCCAAAGUGAUGACGGCUCGCAGGUGGUAGACGUGCGCGCGACGCUGAACAUCCUCAUCCGCUACGCGCCGUUCUACUUCAUACUAAUCAUCAAGUUCCUGUACGACUGCCGGGAAGGCAUCUUCACGUUCUUGAUACUAUUCGUCACUUUCACACACUGCAAUAGUAUUAUUAGAAGGGAGAACGUGAAACAGAUGCAUCGCAGCCUAUCCUCAUGUCUCCUCGAGAUGUUCACCACUCUCGGUAUCGUCGCCAUCGUACAUUACCUCUUCGGGCACGGCAAGCUGCUGUACAACGUGGUCAUGUUCCCAGCGUACUCCAACCUGAACAUAUGGGAGCUGCUGUGGCUCAUCAUCCUCACCGACCUGAUCGUUAAGAUCAUUACCGUCAACAUUAAGAUGGUAGUCACCAUUUUGCCUUCAAGUAUAUUGCCGUACCAGAAAAGGGGUAGAGUAUUCCUGUUCAUGGAGUCAGUGUCGCAACUGUACCGCUCUCUGCUGACGAUCCAGCCGUGGAUAUUCUACCUGAUGCAGUCGUACGAUGACUCCGAGAAGCUGAUGGGCAUGUUCCUCACCUCUGUCUACGUGAUCUGCAAGAUCAUCGAGGUGACGAUACGGCUGCGAGUCUUCAAGAAUGCAGCCUGGUCAAUGGUGCAGAAUGUGGACCUUGGCACAAAACCGUCCCGCGAGCAGCUGAGUGCGGCGGGCGAGGCGUGUCCCAUCUGCCACGACGAGUACACGACGCCGGUGCGGUUAGACUGCAGCCACAUCUUCUGCGAGCUGUGCAUCUCCGCCUGGCUCGACCGCGAGCACACGUGCCCGCUCUGCCGCGCCAAAGUCUCCGACGAACCUACCUGGCGCGACGGGUCCACCACAUUCGACUUUCAACUUUAUUGAGUACGUAUUAUGAUUGUUUUACAACCAGAAUGUUACACGUACCUGUUGCAAGUUCCGUUAUUUUGUUUCUGAUGAUGUCUAGUUCGCUGCUAGCCAUUGGAUAUCACUGACUUGUUGGAGUCUGCGUUUUAUUAAGUAUUUUGAGUAUUUAUUUUUGUUACAUGGUAAUAUUGUGUUACAUACAUAGCCCGAUUUGAGAUUCGGUGAUGAUGUGUAUACAAUCUAUUGAAUAUAAUGAACCUCUUGUGUUUAUUUCGCCGUGGGUAAUAGUUGUACAGUUAGCGACAACAGUCUCCUGUUAAAAUGCUCAAUCUUAAUCAUGUAACAAAACUGAUGAUAGGUAUGACAAAAUGUUUAAGUGUAAUUCGUUAUCUAUUUUUACGAUAAAGUGAAUGUGAACUUGUGUCGCUGGCUGUACUCGGGAGAUUUAGAAAAGACUCGUGUAAUGAGGGUAACGUGCGCUGUGACUGUAGUCGUAAGGAUACCACGGAUCUAAGGGGUGAUGCGAGUUGAUAAUAUACUUGGAGCAAAGAAACGGAGUCACUAACGAAUUAUUUAUAAUUUUAAAGAACACUAUAGAAAAUAACUAUAGAAAAAUAUCCUCUCAUUUUAUUUGUUGUUACCACUUAAUAAAAUAAUUGUAUCAUAAAAUCUAGUGGCUUCGUUUCUUUGCUCCCAAGUAUAUUACAGAGUGUUACGAAGUUGAGAUGGUCUUGUGACAAGAAUUCAAACUUCCAUUGCAUUUUUACCAGUAAAAUUCAUAUACAAAGUUGUUGAACUGUGUUAAACGUUGUGUAUUUUGAAUGUUUUAUUUUUUGUAAAUAUAUUGUUUUUUUUUCUUUAAUUUAAGUCCUAGACUUUAUUUUGAAAGUAAGUUUAAUUUAUAUAAGCAUUUUAUGGAAAUAUUCAGGCCUAAGGAGUGGAGUAUAGACUCGUUCAAUGAUCGUGACAGAUUGUGUACAUAGUGUAAGUACAUUGUAAUCAUUAGGCCGCGGAUUACUAGUUUGUUUAUUUUUUAUAUUUAUUAAAAUAUAUUUGUUAAAGAAAUGUGUAAAUAGAAAAAUUAUUUAAACUUUAAAUCAUGGUUAAAUGUAUUCUGUACAAGACGUAAUGUUUAAGCAAAACUAUUGUAACUUGUUAGCAGUUGCUCAUUGUCCAUUAAGUAUAGGACGGCAUUUAAAUCACGAUUCGUAAAAAAAAACUAAAAUACCAUCAAAGAAUUAAUCUUUAUCCCAAAAAAGAUAUGUAUGCUUUGCUAAUCUUCAAGCUUUUCAUAAGGUAAGAAUAAAUUAAGCCAAAUAACGUAGUAUACAGAAUAUAACUACUAGACAUAUAUUUUUAUUCCAUUAUGUAAAUAAUUUACUUUUAUUACUUAUGUAAGUGUAAUGUGAUAAUUAAGAUCAGCCGCAAAAUUGUGUGUAUGAAAUGAAUUUUCGAUAUUCUCAGCCUAAGACUAAAAAACAAAAUGUUUUUACAACAAAUAUUCAAAGUCUAGCCAAAUAUUUUACAUUUAAUUUUAUGGAAAUAUUUAUUGAGGGAUCCAUUCACAUGCGUAUUACCGAUUUUAUGUGAAUUGACAAUAUUUGAUAAAAUGUAUAAAAGUCGAGUAUUUAGAUGUUAACGUUUGUCUUUUGUUUCACCACUAAAUUUGUGCAAUGACAAAGCAAUAUCAUCUUUAUUAUGUAGUGCACGGAACAACUCUUUGUGUGAUCCAUAAAUUGUUGUUUCGGGUCUGGGUGUUAUGUGUAUGUGAACUUGUGUUUGUAGACGCACCCACGACACAGGAGAAAAUCAAAGCGUGAAGCAACGUCUUUUAAAAAAAUAGUGACAAAGAGAUAGUGGUGAAACAGAGGUCCACUGUGUUCACACAACAUAAAUAUUACUAGGCCUCUUUUAGUACAUCACAUUCACCAGAUAAUAUGGUUGCGUCCUAGACCACUAACAUAAAUAAUUAACAUUCCACACAUUGUUAACGCAUUAUUAUAAUUAAAUUUUAAAUAUAUAAUGUUUUGUAAUAACUAUAAAAAUAGGCGUUCUGUUGAAUCUAUGAUAGAUCUUAAAUAUAUUAUCUGUGUUGUAAGCAGAUCUACGGUUGACGGAAUGAAAACAAGUGUUGUAAUGGUGUCUAUAGUACUAAGAUUGUAAUAGCUACCUGGUGUUAAAGGCUCAAGCAGACCGUGUGCGUGUAGGCGGACAUGUACAGUACUCACAACGGAUUUUGGCAGGUCUGAACUACGUGCAGAAGGCUGCGCAAUAAGUGUAAAGGGUCAAUUGUAUUUAGAAAUGGUCAAUCUCUAGCCUAGAUCGCCGCCCCCCGCACCUCGCCGCAUGCCACCAUUUGGUUCUAAAAAGACUUAUUGCGCAGCCUUCUGCACGUAGUUCAGACCUACCAAGAUCCGUUGAGAGUACUGUACUUACCAUUGAGUGAUAUGAAACAGGACACACUGUUUAGACGCGCGGGCACAAGUCUGUGGUACACACGCCUUCACAUCCAGCUAAACAAAACUAAUAUGAACUGGACGUUGAAUGCCCGGAAUGUUUAUACAAACCGAGACCAUGAAUAACUGGUUGUCCUAUACAUAGAUUGAUUGAUGUGUUGCCGUGUUUGUCUUUCUACGGAUAGGUUUGCUUGAGUCUUGAAGCUCCCGCGAUACAUUACGGUCAAGCAUUGUCACGUGUCACUCAAGUUUGAGGAGUGCCUAAUGCUUCGACGUUUUCUAUCGUCAUACAAAAAUGUAACCAAACUAUUUACCAUAUAAAUCUGUAAGUGAUAUUAUGUAAUAAUUUGUAACUAUCUUAUAGCAAAUGUUUCAAUUCUAUUGUAUGGAGCAUUUCCCCAUAAUAUUAUAAUAAAUGUUGGUAUUUUAAAAAAUAUGUAUCAGUUUGUUUGACAAUAUUUUCCAGAUUGCCUGUAAAUGGAUUGUAGGCAAGAUUACUUUACAGUAGUUGAUGAGUUAAUAAAUAAUCAUGCAAAUAA